CUAAUGCUCUGGAAAAUCCAUCAGCUGUUCCUCACUCCUCUGAUUGAUAAUGAUGAAGUGAACAACAGCAUUUGUUUAUUAACAGAAGGGAUUUUGUUAAAAAUAGCUCUUCAUAUGCAUGUCUGAUGUCUCUAAAACUUUAAGGGUUUAAAGAGUCAAAAGCAAAAAAAAAAAGCUGUGAGAUCUGCUGUAACACUGUGUGCAGAUGUUCUCCAAAGCACAGAUACAAUCAGUCUCUGCUGUCCUCUGCUGAGCACAAGAGGUCAUGCAUGUAUAAUCAGCUUCACAGUCAUAGAUCUGAUGCAGAUAUUGAAUCUUUGCAUGGGCAAUGCCAGUUUACAGAGAUUACACUCUUAGAUGCACAACUUUGACCUUAUCUAACCCUAAAAGUUGCAUGUUAGUAUGAACCUUUUAGGGGUAGUUAAGGUACAAAACGGCAUUGUUUUCAGUUGUGGCUAGAAGGGAUACAGCUCCGACCGGAAACGAACAAUGAAAUACAUUUUCUACCUAUUAGAUUGUGUUUUAUUAAUAUCUACACCUACCCCUUACAAAAAUGAAAAAAAAUAGUAAUUAUUGUUGUACAGUGUGACAAAAAUUACUCUUUGUAUUGAUGUGCGCAUGCCCAGUAGCGCCAUACGUAUCCCUUCUAGCCUUAACCAUUGUUUUCUAACAGAAUUCAGUUCUCAUUUAUUUUCUGUUUGAAUUAAAGCCAAAGUAAGUGCAGAAAUGCAGCCUGAUGGGAUUUUGUCAAGCCCUGUGAUGAGUGAGAGAAAGGGACAGACUUAACUGAAAUAUUGCUGAGCAGUGAUGGCGAGGUCUCUAUUUAGACAUUUACUCUAGACUGUCAUUGGCAUCAGAGCCAGAACAACCACAUCUUGCUCUUCCAACGAUUGUAGCAUUGCAGUUCAGAUGGCAUACACACCACUGCCAAAAAUAGUUCAGUUGCAGUGCUUAGUAGUCUGACAAGGUUUUCAUGGUUUAACAAGAUUUUCUGCAUAGUUCAUUCGUUAAGUUUAGCGUUACUCCCAUAUGUGCUGUACACAAACACAGAUUCCAUCCUAGCAUCUCGGACCAGCAUGAAUAAAGCACCUCAUUAAUUGUUACAUAAACCCUUUUACUCAAUUCUCUCCUCCAAGGACCAACACUCAUAGAAACCUUCUUUGGGUCAGUGCUUGCCUUUCUUUUUGGCGUGGGAUCAGGAUGUUCUCUCGGGCUCGUGUCUACUGUUCUUCUGGCUGAAGCAAUAGGACAGAAUGUGUUUUGUGCUGUGGUGCCUUUUGCACUGCUACACAUAGCUGUUUUUAUUACAGCAUUAACAAUGGCUAUUGGAAUGAACAUAGAGGUUGCUGAACUUGAACUGGAGAAUUUAUUUCCUGGACUUCUGAUAAAUCUGCUGUCGACAACCCUUAACACACUGAGACAUGCUCAGCCUCUCACCAUCGUAGGAGCAGUAAUAAUGUGCUUUUGGGUUUUUGGUUUACGAGACAGUGAAAACGAAGAACUGUGUCUAGGUCGGUGGGGAAUGAUAAUCGCCAUCACGUCUGAACUGAAAACCCCUAAAACAGCCGUUCUUAUAAUAAUCACUGGAGUAGCUAUGAUGUCCUUUGGAAGCACAGAAGGACAGCAUGUAUAUGGAGACAUUAUAGCGUUUAUAUUAAACAUUUUAUUGAUUAUGCCUCUGAUGAUUCCUUUUGUUAUUACAUUUCUGGCAAACGUAAUUGCACAAAGUGUUCCUGUCUCAGAUAUAUGUGCUACUGUAGUAGCAGUGACCGCUAUUGUCAGACUAAGAGCUGUCAUGUGUUUCUUCACACACAUUAUAACGCAGUAUGUAGGGUUAAUUAAGGCUAUCUUCAAAACCGUGUGUGUCUUUGGGGCAAUCGUCAUAUUCAGUUUCAUUAUUGCGUUGCUGUUGAUUUUUGUUGGUUGGCUUCCCCAUUCAUUUUGGGGAGAUGACGACAAUGCAAGAUUAUUACAAUUUACGGUAAAAACGCUUUGCUGGAUGAGUUUUUUCUAUGAAGUAAUACCUAGUGUCAGGGCAGCAGAACUUGGCCUGCAGGCGGCUGAUCUAAAGGCUGUACAAACAGUAAUUCAAAUGUUUGCAAUUCUUGACGCAGUAAUCACUCUAGCUGUCAUAUAUGGUAUAGCAGUUUUAGUGAGAGUACAACCUCCAGCGAUGAAAGCUAGAGGUGGGCUGAUCUUGGCUUGCAUGGGUGUAGGAGCCACUCUGGCUGUAGCGCUGGCUGUAUGGAUGGUUCAUGGACAAGCCAUGCUGCUUAAAGGACUUGCAGGGUCUGUGUUGAUAUCUGCAUUUUUAUUCUUUAUUUUUAAAAUCACCAUGCAAAGUAUACGCAUUCAGCCUUUGUGUAAUAAUGCCCCUGAGGUUGUAAAGCAGCUUGGCAGCAUUUAUGUGGCUACAUUAGUGAUGAGUCUGGGAGUAGCUCUGAUGCCUCUGAUGGGCAUGUGUAGUGGUUGGGAUAUUUCUGGUAAUUAA